CCUCUUUCCGCCACUCUGCACUGUUCCUUCCUCGCUCUGCUCGCUCGAAGUCUCUCGAACCGAUCCGACCAACCCCACCCACCACAGCAAACCCUAGCCCUCGUCGCCGGCGAAGCUUCGAGAGGCGGGGCGCCGCGCCGCGAGGCGCGCAUGGAGUCCUCCACGGCGGCCACCGCCGCUGCCGUCGCCGCCUCGUCGUCGUCGUCCUCCUCGGGCCCCUCCACGUCCGCCGCGGCCGCGGCCACAUCCGCAUCCGCAUCCACGGCCGUCGCCGCCGUCUCCACCCGCUACCUUGCCAAGCGCGUGCUCCGGGGGAGCGCAGUGCUCCACGUCGCCCGGGGCUGCUUCCGCUCGCCCGACUGCGUCGACGUCGUUCUCUGCAAGCAAACUUCACUAGAAUUGGUUGUUGUUGGUGAAGAUGGUGUUUUACAAUCAAUCUGUGAACAAACUACAUUUGGUAUUAUAAAAGAUAUUGGUGUCCUGAACUGGCGCUAUACACACUCCAGUUUGAUGCCAAAGAUAGAAGGGAAAGAAAUUCUAGUUUUGCUUUCGGAUUCUGGAAAGCUAUCUCUUCUUUACUUUUGUUCUGAGAUGCAUAGGUUCUUUGCAGUUGCAAAUAUUGAGUUAUCCAAACCAGGAAAUCUGAGGCAUCGACUUGGCAGAAUUUUAGCUAUAGACCGAGAAUCUAGGUUUGUUGCUGUCACUGCAUAUGAGGAUGAGUUUGCUUUGGUACGUGUAUCAGUGGAUCACAAACAAUAUGCUCCUAAUGGAGAAAAUGAAGAGGAUGCUAAAAUCACCAGCACGACCUAUAAUACCAGCAGUAUCCAUGGUACAGUUUGGAGCAUGUGCUUUAUAUCAACUUGCCUGGAUGAAGAAUAUUAUCCUGUGGUUGCAAUGAUAGUUAACAGGAGCUCUGAUGUGAAUGACCUGGCACUAUAUGGGCUAGAUUCCCAUAAACGUACUAUUGACCUCAUAUCUAGUUAUUCAGAAGCUGGACCUUUGGCACUUGAGAUCUCAGAAAUCCCCCAACUGUAUGGCUUUGCACUUCUGUUUCGUGCUGGUGAUGUUCUGCUGAUGGAUCUGAGGAAUCCAAAGGACAUCUCGUGUACCCAUAGAAUAAGUUUGACGACUAGUCUAAUUGGGGAUCAUAUCACCAUUGAAGAUUCCUGUCGAGGAUUAGAUGGCGAUGAUGAUGUGGUAGCUUGUGCUUUGCUGGAAUUGAGAGACUCUGGAAAUAACAUGAUGAAGGAUGACAGUUACAUGGACAUUGAUGGUGUUGAUAACAAAGCUAUAGUGAAAUCCAGGAUUGUUUGCUCAUGGAGCUGGGAGCCAAAUGCCACAAAAGGACAUCCAAAACUGAUCUUUUGCUUGGAUGAUGGGGAGUUUCAUCUUCUAGAGUUUAGUUUGGAUAUGGAAGGAGUAAAGGUAUUGCAUGAGUGUGUCCAUAGAGGUUUGUCAUGCAAACCUCUUUUAUGGAUGGACAAAGGAAUGGUAGUUGGAUUUGUAGAGAUGGGAGAUGGAAUGAUCCUCCAACUUGAACACAAUAGAUUGGUGCAUAAAAGUUCAAUUCAGAAUGUAGCGCCAAUAUUGGACCUAGCAAUUGCUGACCACUAUGGUGAGAAACAGGAUCAGAUGUUUGCAUGUUGUGGAAUGUGCCCGGAGGGAUCCUUGCGAGUUAUACGGAAUGGUGUGAAUGUGGACAAACUUCUUAUGACAGAACCUAUUUAUCAAGGUGUUACUGGUUUGUGGACCUUGAGAAUGAAGAAAACUGAUGCUUAUCACUCUUUUCUUGUAUUGUCAUUCGUUGAGGAAACCAGAGUACUAUCGGUAGGACUGAGUUUUAAUGACAUCAGUGAUGCUGUAGGAUUUCAGCCUGAUGUUUGCACUUUGGCAUGUGGUUUAGUAGCUGAUGGUUUGCUUGUGCAAAUUCACAGAACAUGUGUAAAGCUCUGUUUACCUACAGCAUAUGCUCACCCUGAGGGAACUUUGCUACCGACUCCUGUUUGUGCUGACUGGUAUCCUGAUGUCACUAUCAGUGUUGGUGCUGUUGGACAUAAUAUUGUUGUUGUUGCUACAUCAAGUCCCUGUUGCCUUUAUAUACUUGGUGUCAGAUCAUUAUCUUCAUUUCAGUAUGAGCUGUAUGAGAUACAACAUGUCCGAUUAUGUUAUGAGGUGUCUUGCAUAUCUAUUCCACAAGAGGACUGGAAGCCUGAUACUGUAUCUUCUAGUUGUGCAAUGGGUGGUGGUUUUCGAAAAGAUCUCAGAGCUAAUGUUCACAAGUUUGCUGUAAUUGGAACUCAUGAACCUUCUGUGCAUGUCAUUUCAUUGGAACCUGGAGAAGCAUUUAGGCAACUUGCUGUUGGACAUAUAUCAGUAAACAAUGCACUUGGCACUCCUGUUAGUGGUUGUAUACCUGAAAAUGUUAGGUUUGUAGCAGCUGCGAGGUUCUACAUUCUUGCGGGACUAAGAAAUGGAAUGCUACUGAGGUUUGAGUCACAAACAAGCAAAGGGCAGUGUUUCGCUGGAUCCUUUUACCAGGAGUCCUUUGCCCCUUGUGAUGAUACAUCCCUUAAGUUGAUUGCUAUUCGGCGUAUUGGAAUCACUCCUGUAGUUUUGGUACCAUUGCAUGAUAGAGCCAAUGCUGACAUUAUUGUUCUCGGUGAUAGGCCUUGGCUAUUACAUUCUGCUAGACACAGCCUGGCAUAUUCAUCCAUCUCAUUUUUGCCUGCUUCCCAUGUGACACCAGUGUCUUCCGCUGAUUGCCCAAAUGGUCUUCUUUUUGUUGCAGAGAACUGCUUGCAUCUGGUUGAAAUGGUUCAUGGCAAAAGAUUAAAUGCACAGAAGUUUUCAAUCGGAGGAACUCCAAGGAAAGUUUUGUACCACAGUGAUAGUAGAACACUGUUGGUGCUGAGAACUGGACUAACCAGCAUGUCAUGUUCUUCAGAUAUUAUCCAAAUAGAUCCACAUAAUGGGGUAUUGCUUUCCAGAUUCAAGUGUGAACCUGGUGAAACAGCAAAAUGCAUGCAAAUUGCGAAGAUAGCGAAUGAUCAAGUAUUAAUUGUUGGAACUAGUAAGUCCAAUGGCCGGCCAAUGAUGUCAAAUGGUGAAGCAGAAAGUAUCAAGGGUCGUCUAAUUGUUUUAAGCUUGGAGACUAUUGAAAGUCCUCGUGAGAGCGGUUCAUUUGUUGCAGCCUCUAAUUUGAAUUCAUCUCACUCUGGAUCUCCAUUCCCGGAAUUUGUUGGAUAUGCAGCAGAGGAGCUGUCUAGUAACAGCAUGUGCAGCAGCCCUGAUGAAGUUUGCUGCAAUCAGAUUCAACCUGAACACAUGGCAGGCCAUUUGAGAUCACUGGCCCAAUAUGCAUUCAAUGGUGCUGUUCUUGCUGUACAUCCAUAUCUAGAUAGAUAUGUGUUGGCAGCAGCUGGAAAUGUGCUUCAUGUCCUUGGCCUUUUAAAUGAAAAUUCCCUUCGGAUAAAGAGGUAUACUAUGUGUAGAACACGAUUUACAAUAACCUGUUUGAAGACGUACGCAUCACGGAUUGCAGUGGGUGAUUGUCGUGAUGGUGUUCUCUUCUAUUCUUAUCAUGAGAAUCUUAGGAAGUUAGAGUUGAUCUAUUCUGAUCCUGCCCAACGACUAGUGGGUGAUGUUACCCUUCUGAACUGUGAAACUGCUGUUGUAUCUGAUCGACGUGGGAGCAUAUCUGUGUUGUCUUGCCCAAGAUUGGAAGUAUCUGAAAGUCCGGAAAAGAAUCUAGCGGUUCAUUGUUCAUUUUAUAUGGGUGAAACAGCUAUGAGUAUCCAAAAGGUUGCAUUCAAGCAAUGGCUUCCAAUUGAUGAUUUGACAGAACCUAUGUUGGAGUCGGUAUACGACUGUGUUGUGGCAAGCACUCUGCUGGGGAGUAUCUUUGUUAUGGUUCCACUCACAAGUGAGGAGCAUCAACUGUUGCAAUAUGUCCAAGAAAGACUCUCACUUCACCCAUUAACUGCUCCACUCUUGGGCAAUGAUCAUGCAGAGUUUCGCCAUCGUGGUAUCCCGUCGGGAGUGCCACCCAUUCUGGACGGUGACAUGCUUGUGCAGUUCCUAGAGCUCACCAGCGAACAACAGAACGAUGUUCUCAAUCUUGUUUCUCCUGGAAAGAAGAGGCAGAGCAACAUCUCAGUUUUCCAGGUCAUGCGAACAUUGGAGAGGGUACAUUACGCGCUCAACUGAGGUGUUCCGUAAUCAUUCAGCUUGGUCGACUUGUUCUUUGUACUGUUCGGCAUGUUUCUCCAACCUGCUGGACCUGAGGUAAGCACCGAGUUACGCGAUUGGAAGAUGCUAUCGGAGCACAUACCCAAUACAUACCAAAUCUCAGCUUAGUGAGGAGCACUGUGUUUCAUUGUGGGAUACAUCGAUGGGCCCAUCUCGCAACAGAUCGUGUCAUUGCUGUAGCGAAAGCCUUGUAAAUAACGAUUAGUGUUGUGACAGAAGGAUGUGGAUACAAUCCUUUUGCCCUCCGAAAGUAAUCCUCGCGACCCUCGUGGUAUAUGUGAAACAUGCUUGCUUCAGGUUAUGACUAUUGAGAUGGGGACCUGAAAACAUUUCUUGAAA